AUGGCUGUUGGAAACCAGUCCAUGGUGACAGAAUUCAUACUUGGGGGGCUGACAAAUCGGCCCGAACUCCAGCUUCCCCUCUUCCUCCUCUUCCUGGGCAUCUACCUGGUUACCAUGAUAGGGAAUGUAGGUCUGUUUGUGCUGAUCUGCCUAAGCCCUCAGCUUCACAGCCCCAUGUACUUCUUCCUCAGCAACCUGUCCCUCGUGGAUCUCUGCUACUCAUCUGUCAUCACCCCGAAGAUGUUGGUAAACUUUGUGGCUGAGCAGAACCUCCUAUCCUAUGCAAGCUGCCUCUCCCAGCUCUACUUCUUCCUGGUCUUCGUCAUCGCCGAAUGCUACAUGCUCACUGUCAUGGCCUAUGACCGCUACGUGGCCAUCUGUAGUCCCCUGCUCUACAGCGCCAUCAUGUCUCAGAGCCUCUGUGCCCUGCUGGUGGCACUGGUUUAUGCCAUGGGCAUUAUCGGCGCCACCAUCGAGACGGGCCUCAUGCUCCAGCUGUCCUACUGUGAGCAGCUCAUCAGACACUACUUCUGUGACAUCCUCCCACUCAUGAAGCUCUCCUGCUCCAGCACCUAUGACAUUGAGCUCACCGUCUUCCUGCUGGCCGGCUUCAACAUCAUUGUCACGGGGGCCACUGUACUCGUGUCCUAUGCCUUCAUUGUCUCCAGUAUCCUGCGCAUCAGCACUACUGCGGGCCGGGCCAAGGCCUUCAGCACCUGCAGCUCCCAUCUGGCUGCAGUGGGCAUGUUCUAUGGUUCCACUGCAUUCAUGUAUCUGAAACCCUCCACGGCCACCUCCCUAGCCCAGGAGAACAUGGCCUCCAUAUUCUACACCACUGUGAUCCCCAUGCUGAACCCCCUUAUCUACAGCCUGAGAAAUAAGGAGGUGAAGGACGCCAUGCAUAAAAUGCUGAGAAAGAAGUUUUGA